UCUAAUGUUUUUAUUUCCCCCCUAAUCUUUAAAAAAGCUAAAGAGUGUAAUGGCAAGAUGCACAACUAAGGUGUAUAAUCUUUAAGUACUUAAUUGCCCGUUUCUAUACCAAAAUUAUUAUCUCGAGAUUUGACAUAAAUGCUCGAUCCCUUGUAGUACCGUAUUAUGUCUCCAAAAAGUCCAAAUGAAAUGGAAGCUAAUCUAUAAACACACACAUCACAACGACUUUUUGUCUAGGCAAUAUAAAAGGAGCCUAAUUGCUUUAUUUUCAUGUAAUUCAUCUUCAGGUCCAUUAAAAUUUGUUGAUCUUAUCUUCAAAUGGUACAUUAGAUCACACCUUUAUUCUAAUAUUCCUAUUAAAACCCUUUAAAUCUCUCCUUUACAUCUUACCUCCAUUUUCAAAAAAAAUCAGCUUAAGUUCUUUGUAUAAGAACUUUUUAGAAAGAAUCUGGAAAAAAAGUGGUCAGCAAAAGUAACUUCAAAAAUAAUUUAAGAGCUUAAAACCCCCUUUUUUUUUUCUUUUUUUUUAAUGCUGAAAGAAUAAAGGGCUCCUUUUAAAGUUUGUAGUGCUUUGGCUCUUUGGAGAAAAAUAAAGAAAAUGGUUGCUGUUUACAACAAAGAGCUAUUGAGUUGGUAUUUGAUAACUCUAAAGCUCAGAGAAAAACUCCAAAAUGCUGAAACAUCAAAGCAACCUGAGCAGCAGCAGCAGCAGCAGCAGGCAAGGUUGCAACUCCCGUGCGAGCCGCUUCAAGUGAUGAUGGUCAAUGGGGAGUGCAGAAAGCCAGAGGAGAUGCAAAUCUUGCAAUCACCAGCAAAUCCACAAGAGUCUGAAUGGAUAAUCUCGAUCAAGGAGAAACUCGAGCGAGCAAGUAAUGAUGAUGUUGCUGGUUCAUGGACUAAAAUAUGCAUAUACAGAAUCCCACAUUUCCUGAGGGAUCAAGGGUUAGGGGAAGAAAAAGAAAAAGCCUAUGUUCCACAAGUAGUUUCCAUAGGGCCUUACCAUCGUGGCAGUCAGCGUCUCCAAUCGAUGGAACGCCACAAAUGGCGGGCCUUACACUAUAUGUUGAAGCGAAAGAGGCAAAGCAUCAAGCUCUAUCUUGAGGAAAUGCAGGAGUUAGAAGACAAGGCGCGAGCUUGUUAUGAAGGACCGUUGAGUCUAACAAGCAAUGAAUUUGUGGAAAUGUUGGUGCUUGAUGGUUGCUUCAUUCUCGAGUUCUUUAGGGGGUAUACCGAGGGGUUUGAGAACCUCGGUUAUGAGAGGAAUGAUCCUAUUUUUGCAAUGAGGGGGAUGAUGUAUUCCAUAAGACGAGAUAUGAUGAUGAUUGAGAAUCAAAUUCCUCUGUUUGUCCUGGAUAAGCUCAUUUUACUCCAACUGGGUGAUCAAAACCAGAAGAGUGUUAUUGCAGAUUUAGCAAUCAUAUUCUUUGAUCCAUUAUCACCCAUUGAUGAGCCUUUAACUGCCAGGCAAAUGACCAAGUUGAAAUCAUCUCUACACACGAACGCAGUGGCUUUUCAUCCUUUGUCAGACCAGGCUGGCCUGCAUUGCCUUGAUGUGUUUCGGAGGAGUCUGCUCAGGAAAGGUCCCGAGGCAGUUCCUAGGCAUUGGUUCAGGAAAUGGUCCCGAAGAAACCUAGUGGCUGACCACCGCAGGACUCAGCUCAUCCAUUGUGUAACAGACCUUAAGGAGUCUGGUAUUAAGUUCAAGAAGCGGAAGACUGAUCGUUUUUGGGAUAUCAAGUUCAAAAACGGAGUCUUUCAUAUUCCUCGGCUACUAGUUCAUGAUGGGACAAAGUCAUUGUUCCUCAACCUUGUGGCCUUCGAGCAAAGCCACCUAGAUUGCACCAAUGACAUAACAGCUUAUGUGGUGUUCAUGGAUAACUUGAUCGACUCAGCACAGGAUGUGAAUUACCUUCACUACUGUGGGAUACUUGAGCAUUGGCUAGGGAAUGAUGCUGAGGUUGCAGACAUGUUUAACCACCUUUGUCGAGAGGUGGUGUUUGACAUAAAUGAUAGUUAUCUCGCUAAGGUGUCUGAAGAGGUAAAUAGGUAUUAUGAUCAUAGAUGGAAUGCCUGGCGUGCGAGCUUGAAGCACAAAUACUUCUACAAUCCCUGGGCUGUCAUCUCAUUCCUGGCUGCUGUUUUCUUACUGUUGCUGACUGGAGCACAGACCUUCUACUCUGUCUUUGCUUAUUACGAGCCCCCCAAUUGAACACAAAGAAGGCCCCUUUCUCCCUAUUUUCUGAAUUUCUGGCAGCAGUGAUUAAAUUUUUCCUGGAGUUGUACAACUACAGGUGAUUUUGGUAGGAUUUUACAUGGAUUGUUUGUGGUUCUUUAGCCUUAUAUAUUGUUUAUUUUUUUCAUUAACUGUAAACAAGAGUAUUUUUUCUGGAUAAUAUUACCUCCAUCAGCAUUCCUUUCUAAUACGAAAUGUCAUAUCAUGUACUCAGUACGUUUAUACUCCCUUUCUAAGUAAAUAAUUGUCAU